UCCAAUUGACUGCAGUCGCUAGACCCUCCGCAAUUGGCCGAGUCUGCACCAUGCUUGCUUCCAGACAGGUUCUGGGCAGUAUUGCUCGGAGCCGCGCCCUGGGUGGCGCGGCCAGCAGCGUCCGCCGUCUGGCCACCGUCUCCGAUUCUGCCCUCGACAGAAAGGUCCGCCAGAACAACUGGGAGGAGAACAACUUCAUCAACUACAAGAAGAUGUCCGAGAACCUCUCUAUUGUUCGCAGCCGGCUCAACCGACCCUUGACCUUUGCCGAGAAGAUCCUGUACUCUCACUUGGACGACCCCCAUGGCCAGGAGAUCGAGCGAGGCAAGUCCUACCUGAAGCUGCGACCCGAUCGUGUGGCUUGCCAGGACGCCACUGCUCAGAUGGCCAUCCUGCAGUUCAUGUCUGCUGGCAUGGACUCCGUUGCGAACCCUACCACUGUCCACUGCGACCAUCUGAUUGAGGCCCAGGUCGGCGGCGCCAAGGAUCUUGAGCGCGCCAUCGGCAUCAACAAGGAGGUCUACGACUUCUUGUCCACUGCUUGUGCCAAGUACAACAUUGGUUUCUGGCGUCCCGGCUCUGGUAUCAUCCACCAGAUCAUCCUUGAAAACUAUGCUUUCCCCGGUGGUCUCCUCAUCGGUACCGACUCGCACACUCCCAACGGUGGUGGUCUUGGUAUGGCCGCCAUUGGUGUUGGUGGUGCUGACGCUGUUGACGUCAUGGCCAACCUCCCUUGGGAACUCAAGGCCCCCAAGGUCCUCGGUGUCAAGUUGACUGGUCAUCUCUCCGGCUGGACUGCGCCAAAGGACAUCAUCCUCAAGGUCGCUGAUAUCCUGACUGUCAAGGGUGGUACCGGCUACAUUGUCGAGUACCACGGCCCUGGUGUUGAAGGCAUCUCCGCCACUGGCAUGGGUACCAUCUGCAACAUGGGUGCCGAGAUUGGUGCCACCACCUCUCUCUUCCCCUUCAACGACCGCAUGUAUGACUACCUUGCCGCCACCAAGCGCAAGGACAUCGGAGAUUUUGCCCGCUCUUAUGCUUCUGAGCUUCGCGAGGACGAGGGUGCCGAGUAUGAUCAGCUCAUCGAGAUCAACCUGUCUGAGCUCGAGCCUCACAUCAACGGUCCCUUCACCCCCGAUCUGGCCACCCCCAUCUCCAAGUUCAGCCAGGCCGUCAAGGAGAACAACUGGCCUGAGGAGCUCAAGGUCGGCUUGAUCGGCUCUUGCACCAACUCCUCCUACGAGGACAUGUCCCGCGCCGCCUCCAUUGCUCGUGACGCUCUCGACCACGGCCUCAAGUCCAAGGCUGUUUUCACCGUCACCCCCGGCUCUGAGCAGAUUCGCGCUACCAUUGAGCGUGACGGCCAGCUCAAGACCUUUGAGGAGUUCGGCGGCAUUGUUCUCGCCAACGCCUGCGGUCCUUGCAUUGGUCAGUGGGAUCGUCGGGACGUGAAGAAGGGUGAGGCCAACUCCAUCCUGUCCUCAUACAACCGAAACUUCACUGGACGUAACGACGGCAACCCCGCCACCCACUCUUUCGUCACCUCUCCUGACCUGGUUGUUGCCCUUUCCAUCGCCGGCACCCUGCACUUCAACCCCCUCAAGGACAAGCUGGUUGGCAAGGAUGGCAAGGAGUUCAUGCUCAAGCCUCCUACCGGCGACGGCCUCCCCGUCAGGGGUUACGAUGCCGGCCAGAACACGUACCAGGCCCCGCCCAAGGAGCGUGCCGACGUCCAGGUCCAGGUCAGCCCCACCUCUGACCGUCUCCAGAUCCUGCAGCCUUUCGCUCCCUGGGAUGGCAAGGACGCCAAGGAUGUGCCCAUCCUCAUCAAGGCCAAGGGCAAGACCACCACCGACCACAUCUCCAUGGCUGGUCCCUGGCUGAAGUACCGUGGCCACCUUGACAACAUCUCCAACAACAUGCUGAUUGGCGCCAUCAACGAGGCCAACAACGAGGCCAACAAGGUCCAGAACUUCACCACUGGCGAGUGGGAUGCCGUCCCGGCUGUUGCUCGUGACUACAAGAAGAAGGGCGUCAAGUGGGUCGUCGUUGGUGACUGGAACUACGGCGAGGGCAGCUCCCGUGAGCAUGCUGCUCUGGAGCCUCGUCACCUGGGCGGCCUGGCUAUCAUCACCCGAAGCUUCGCUCGUAUCCACGAGACCAACCUGAAGAAGCAGGGCAUGCUUCCUCUGACCUUUGCUGACCCUGCCGACUAUGACAAGAUCAAGCCUGAUGACCGGAUUGACCUUCCCUGCACCAAGCUUGCUGUUGGCGAGCCCCUCAUCAUGACUGUCCACCCCAAGGAGGGCAAGCCUUUCGAUGUCAAGCUGCUGCACACCUUUAACGAGGCCCAGAUUGAGUGGUUCAAGAACGGUAGCGCCUUGAACACCAUGGCCAAGAAGGCCCAGAAAUAAAAGAAGAGAAAAGAAUGGGGUGUGGAAGAUGGCGGCGUGAAAGUCAUGGCAUUGAAAGCCCGCAAUCUCGUGAGCUCUCGCGAGUUAUGAAGAAGUUGUCCCGGGGCGGUAUUAUCGGCUCGAUGCGUCUGGAGUCAUUAUAUGCUUUUGAGUG